UCUAGCCGUGUAGCGCGACUUGGCCAGUCCGCCGCUGUGGGCGCCCGAGAGAGGCUGUGACACGUCAGACAGUUACUUCGAUCUACCAGCUACAUAUCGUGACAAAAAAAAACAAAAAAAUGUCUGUAAGAGAGUUUUACGCGGGCAAAAACAUCCUGCUCACAGGUGGGACGGGAUUCAUGGGCAAGGUGCUCAUAGAGAAAAUGCUCUACUCCAUUCCCGACCUCGGAACCAUUUACUUGCUGAUGAGGCCCAAGAGAGGAAAGUCUGUUGCUCAACGGUUAGAAGACAUGCACAGAUUGCCUUUAUUCGAUCGUAUCCGGAACGAACGACCUAGUGUUUUGAAGAAAGUGAAGGCUCUGCAAGGAGACGUUUUAUUUGAUGAUUUCGGCCUAUCAGAAUCUGUGAUCGAGGAGCUGGCCAACGAGGUACAUGUGGUCUUCCACUUCGCUGCUACUCUCAAACUGGAAGCGCCGUUGAAGGACAAUGUCGACAUGAACACCACUGGCACACUGAGGACGCUGAAAGUAGCAAAGAGAAUGAGAAAUCUUCAAAUUUUCGUCCAUCUUUCCACCGCUUUCUGUUAUCCGGACUAUCAAUCUUUGGGAGAAAGGAUGCAUGCACCUCCCGCUAAGCCUGAAGACGUGAUGAGACUGAUUGAAUGGAUGGAUGACAAGCAACUGAAGGUGGUAACGCCGUCUCUAUUGGGGGCCCAUCCCAAUAGUUACACAUACUCCAAGCGACUGGCCGAGAGAAUCGUGGAGGAAGCGUACGGGGAACUCCCCGUCGUCAUUGCCCGUCCGAGCAUUGUAUGUCCGUCCUAUAGAGAGCCAGUGGCGGGCUGGGUAGACAACCUGAACGGUCCCGUGGGGUUGAUGUUGGGAGCGGGCAAGGGUGUCAUCCGCACCAUGUUGUGCGAUGGCACCCUCACCGCGCAGGUCAUCCCUGUCGAUAUAGCUAUUAACGCUAUCAUCGCACUAGGCAAGAUAGAAGCCACCAAACCCGAAAAGAGUGAAGUUAUUCCGGUUUACAACGUGAACGUCGGACACCAGCAGCCCACGACAUGGGGCGAUGUUCUGAACGUAGCGAAGGUCUACGGUCGGAAAUACCCCCUGGAAUGGCCCUUGUGGUACCCCAACGGCGACAUCACGACUAACAAAGCGGUACAUGAAGUAAAGCGCGUCUUGUUCCAUCUGUUACCAGCGUACUUCAUAGACCUUCUGUUACUUCUGCUGGGGCAGAAGCGAUUCAUGGUGAGAAUCCAGGACAGAAUCAGCCAAGGUCUUGAAGUCCUGCAAUACUUCACGAUGCGUCCUUGGACCUUCCCUUGCCCUAACUUUGACAAGAUACGUUCCUACCUCGACGAUGAAGAAAAGCAAAUAUUCCUGACAGACCUCAGUAAAGGCGACCGAGACGAAUACAUGAAGAAGAGUGUGGAAGGCGGUCGAAUAUACUGCUUGAAAGAAGAUCCAAGUAAACUUACUAAGAAUAGGACACACCACAAUAUCUUAUUCGUCUUAGACUGCAUCGUGAAAUUCUUCUUUGUGAUGCUUAUGCUGUCCUUCCUGGCGUCGUGGUUCGAGCCUGUCAAGACGGUAUUUUCGUACGGGGGACCUAUUAUCAAGCCUCUCCCAUUCUUAGGCAAAACAGUAUUUCCUGACCAAGACAAUUAAAAAAAAGAAAAUAUUUGAGAAAGAACAAAACAAACCAAUAUUCAGAAUCAUAACCGAAGCGGCAAAUAUUUUUAAUUAGAUUAGUUUGUGUCAUCCUAAAAUCGACUACUAGCAAGAAUUUAUAUGCCAAUAUGUUGAUUUAUCAAUGUUUCCACGUGGUGGAUAUACUGCUUAAACCGAUAAUAUACCUCACAAAGCAUGCAGCAUAAAAUAUACACCAUAUUUUGUGUCUUGAUUAGGAGAUAUCGUGUAGAUCCACAUUCUAAUUAACUUCUGGAUCAUAAGAACACUUUAGCAUACUUUAACAAACAAUAUACAAAGAUUAAGAAAUUUUAUGGGUGCUUGCCUUAUACAUUAAUAGAUUUACAUAAAUUGGAGUUAUUAACCAAGAGUAGGUAUAUUUCAUAAUCUAAUCAUUGAUUUGUAAAUGACACAUCAUGUACCUAUAAGAACAUUAUCUUAAACUUAAUAGUAAGAUUCUAAUAAAGAAAGCUAAAAUUUAUUUUAUAGUGCAUUAAAAUUUUAAACAAAUUGUAACACAGGAGAUGUUGCUGAUCUUAUAGAAUUAAAAGCACCUCUUACAUUUUCGAAUAGGUGCUAAGUCCACAACAGUUCACUACAAGUUUCAAAUAGCCUACAACCACAACAAUCAUAUGAAAACAUCAAAUACGAGUACUUCUAAUUAUGUGUAGAAGAAUAAAGCCUCGACAGUUUAUAGGCAAUAACAGCAUCCCAUAAAGGGUUGACGUCAGGCAGGUGGCAGUUAAAUAAUAAAAAGCAAAUUUUCAAUAUUUAAAGAUCCUCAGGAUUUAGGCGUCACAGCCGUAAAUUCAACACGUAACGAUGAGAGAGACCUUAAAUAUGUAAAUGUCAGCUACGAUUACUAGUCACAGCGUAUUAAGUGUAAGCAAAACUCCGAGACCGCGCGUCGCACAUAAAUAUGAUUAAGAAACCAAGACUGGUUCAUUAACUUUGUGCGUAGUAUAACGUCCUCUUUAGAUUUGUAUACUUACAUCUAUUCAUAUGGGUUCACGAAUUGUCUAUAAAUCAAUCAUAUACGAUAAAGAUAAACGGUAUGGUACAUGCUAUAGGCUUUAUGUACUUAAUAUAUUUAAAAAACUUGUGCAAUCUCAACUGAUCGACCAAAAUUGUUUAUAUAAAGACUUAUCGUAUAACAUACGAAAUUAAAUUUAAUAACGUAGCAAUACGAUACGUUUGUUUACCUUACAAAUUAUCCAAAGUAAAUUACUUAUACAUGAAGUAAAUACUUUAAUUAGGUACCAGUGUAAAUAUCACGGCACGUUUGAAUACAAAAUAGAACUAAUAUUUGGAUAUUAGCUAUCAAGAUAUCUAUAUAUUUCUUGCUCUGUACAAAUUUUCAUGAUCAGCAUUAGUUUUGACAUGUCCAUAAUUUAUGUUCACUAUUAUUGUGUGCUGAGAACACCUAAAUAUUAUGAUAGUUUUUCCGCCAUUUAAAAAAGAAUGUUAUGAUAAUUUUUCCGGCAUUUAAAAAAGUAUCCUAUGUAAACAUAAAUGUGUCAUUUGAUAAAUAUUUAGGUAUAUCCAAGGGCAAGCUAAUUACGAAAAACCUAACCAAUAUUCUCACACAAAAGUGAAUCAUUUUCUUGAAUUGAAUGGAUUUCCCAUUCAAUUAAUCUUAAAUAGAAUAAUUGUUAUUAGAUUUUUAUUAUUAUUAGAUUGUUAAAGGUGAAGGAUUUCCAAUAUUGUGAUGGAUAAACAAACUAUACAUUUAAUCGAAAAUAUUUGUGCAAAAUGCUGUUUGUAUUCUACUCAAACUGAACAAAUCCAUCAAUGGAUUAGUUUCCACAUUUUGUAUCAUUGGCACGGUAUUUUCGGUUGAAUGUAUCUAAAUACAGAUAUAUAUUUACUUAUAAGGUGUAAAUAUGUAAUUUUACGUAUGUAUAUUACCAGUAAUAGUACCGUCGUCAAUGUUAUUCAAUAUUUUUAUUGACAAGGGUAUAGGAGUUAUUUUUUUCAAUUGGUUAUUGUUAACAAAAUAAAAGUACUUAUGGUUUCAUUA